AUGGAUUUCGUCCAAGGCCUUGAUCUUUCAAAACUCCUCCUUGGCGGGGCGGUUUUGUCCUUUGCCGUAUCUGCGUUUUCAGCACCAUUCUAUAAUUUCCCUCUUUUCCUCUAUGGACUAUACGGACAAGAGAACACAGAGUCUGUUUCCGCUUUACAGAAUUUUACAUGCUUUCUAGCUGGUUCGUUGCUCUGGGAUAUUAUAUGGAUGGCCAAUCAUGAACAAAAUGGGUUUAUCAAGUUUUUGAGCAUUCUACUCCUCGUUCUAAAGAUUCCGACCUUUGGUGCCUGUGGGCUCGCAGUUCGUCAGCGAGGCGCGACAUUUGGAGGGCUUGGUCUGCGUGGGAGUGAUUUGAGCGGGCCCACUGUUUGGUCUAUGCCCGGAGGCUUCACUUCGACAGGAAGGGAUGACUAUCAGAACUUAGACGAGGAAGCUACCGUUUCAGCGCCACCACGAGUACCAGUGGCUGCACCACAUCGUCCAUCCAACCCAGCACCACCGCCACCGCCUGCGACUGGUCCGUACCAAACAGCAUGAUAAAUGGCUGCACUGCGCAUUCUGGAUCCCCUCUUUAUUUAAAAAAUUUCACGGACAAGUCCCUUAGUAUCUCGAUGAAUUAAACUUUGAAGUUAAAUGUCUGUACAUCAGCUCACUUCAUUCAGUUCGGCUUCUUCGUCUUCCAAAGCAUCUAGCUCCAGGUCAUGUAUCAGAUCCUUGAGUGUAUCCAGCGUGUUCAGCUUGCUCUCUGAUUUCCUCCUCGCAAACAACCAGGGACAGUCCAAUGAUUCGCAGCGUAUUUCUUCGCUCCCAGGUAUUUGUGCACACGAAGCACAGACCUUUCGCGUUUCCAUGAAGCGUUUUUCAACGACGUUGAUACG